AUGGAGAAUAGUCGUCUUGGUGGUGUCCUACCAUAUUCCAUGGGCAAUUUUUCAGAUUCUUUGCAAACGAUUUAUGCCCCCCAAAACCAGAUAAAUGGGCCAAUUCCAGAAUCAAUCGGUGCAUUAAGAAACUUGAAUUUAUUGGAUUUAAGAGAUAACAACCUCGACGGAACUAUUCCACCAACUAUUGGCGAUUUGCAAAACUUACAAAGGUUGCAUCUCUAUAGCAACCAGAUUGGAGGUUCCAUCCCUGAAGAAAUUUGUAAUCUAAGAAAUCUAGGAGAAAUGGGACUCCAAGAUAACAAGCUUACUGGACCUAUUCCACAUUGCAUUGGAUCGCUGAAUCAUCUUCAAGAGCUAAAUCUCAGCAAUAACUCCUUGACCGCAUCAAUUCCUGCAAGUUUGUGGACCCUUGAAAAUAUCAUCUUCAUGGAUUUAGCAAACAACUCUUUAGGUGGGAACCUAUCUUCGGAAAUGAAAAUGUCGAGGGUUAUGGAAAAGUUGGAUAUUUCUCGGAAUCAUAUCACUGGUAAAAUCCCAACUAUUUUCGGAGCCUUUGAAAGCUUAAGUUCGCUUGAUCUGUCAAACAACUCAUUGCAUGAGACUAUUCCAGAGUCACUUGGUGACUUACAAUCAUUAGAGUUCUUAGAUCUCUCCUACAAUAAUCUAUCUGGUCUUGUUCCCAAGUCACUCGAGUCACUCAAUCAUCUCAAACAUUUCAAUCCAUCUUAUAAUGAUUUAUCAUGA